UCUACUUUAAAGUCACUCUGUUCUAAAUAAUAAUUUUCACCUCAGUUCAAACUCGAACCCUGCAUUAAAAUGAAAUUAGCCACCGCAGUUUCCAUCUUGGCACUUGUCGCCAUGUCAUCCGCCCUCGGAGAGAUUGGGUCCGAUUUGAUCUCCACGUUGAGAAUUGUCAAUAAACUCUGCUACUUCCCCGGAGACCAUUCCGACCCGAUCGCCAAACGGUUUGCCGACUGUUACAACCUCAUCCCGGCUGACGAGAAAGAAAUCUUCACGGUAUGCCAGUGGUCUACUUUUGGGGUAGAUUUGGACACCGAGGAGCAUAUCGAUGUGGCCUGCAAGAAUCCACUGUUGCUCCCAGAGUACGCCAAAUGCUUGAAGACCUCGUUCAACGAUGACGCCAAGAUGGACGCUUCCGUUCUGACGAUUAACAAAUGCCAAGGUGCAAUUUUUGGAAUGAAAUGAGACAAUUUCGACCGGAUCAAUUAAGAAAUAUUAUUUUGACAAACAAAUUACGAACACCUUGUAAUUUUAGAAGUAUCUAAAUGUAAUCAGGAAUAAACACAAGUGCAAAAAACUAUAAUGCAAA